AAUAUCGGGCAAUUCUGAGUAGUCAAAUUUUGGCAUGGUUGAUUUCCAUAGAACUGAGUAAAAUACAACCGUUUUCGUAAAACUAUUAUGAAAAUGGAGUGGAAACCUGAAGAAGAAGGAUUAAGACAAAUACUUACACUCCUUAAGGAGUCUCAAUCACCAGACACUGCAACGCAGAGAGCAGUUCAACAAAAAUUGGAAGAAUUAAACAAAUAUCCCGACUUCAACAAUUACCUUAUAUUCGUAUUGACAAAUUUGACAUCUGAAGAGGAACCCACAAGGUCCUUAAGUGGUUUAAUUUUAAAAAACAAUGUAAAAGCGCGUUAUAAUAGCUUUUUACCAGAAGUAGCAGAGUUUAUAAAGCGAGAAUGCUUAUCUGCUGUUGGGGACCCCUCUCCACUGAUCCGGGCUACUGUAGGCAUUAUCAUAACAACUAUUGCUAGUAAAGGAGAGCUGACAUCAUGGCCUGAGCUACUGCCUGCAUUAUGUCAAAUGCUCGACUCACAAGAUUACAAUGUUUGUGAGGGUGCAUUUGGAGCCUUACAGAAAAUAUGUGAAGAUACCGCUGAACUACUGGACAGUGAUGCCCUGAAUAGACCUUUAAAUGUUUUGAUACCUAAGUUCUUACAGUUUUUCCGACACUCAUCUCCUAAAAUAAGAUGUCAUGCUAUUGCUUGUGUCAAUUACUUUAUAAUGGGCAGAACUCAAGCUCUGAUGCUACACAUAGACUCCUUUUUAGAGAAUUUAUUUCACCUGGCUGCAGAUGAAGAUACAGAUGUUAGAAAGAAUGUUUGUCAUGCCUUAGUUUUACUUCUAGAAGUUCAACUAGACCGUCUCAUUCCUUAUUUACCUAACAUCAUUGAGUACAUGUUGAUGCGCACACAAGACCCUCAGCAGGCAGUUGCUUUAGAAGCAUGCGAAUUCUGGUUGUCACUUGCUGAACAGAAUGUCUGCAGAGAGAUGCUGGGCCCGCGGCUGCCGGCGCUGCUGCCGGUGCUGGUGCGCGGCAUGCGCUACUCCGAGAUGGACGUGAGCCUGCUGCGCGGCGACCGCGACGACGACGCCGACGACGCGGAGCCCGACCGCGACUCCGACAUCCGCCCGCGCUUCCACAAGCCGCGCUCGCACACCGUCAAGCACAACGGUGACAGCAAUAUGUCCGGCGGCGGCGAAUCAGACGAUGAAGAGGACGGCGGAGACGAUGACGGCUCGCUGUCGGAUUGGAACCUGCGCAAGUGUAGCGCGGCCGCGUUGGACGUGCUUGCGAACGUGUUCGGAGCCGACCUCUUGCCCGUCCUAUUCCCCAUCCUCAAGGAAACACUGUUCCACGACGAUUGGGUCAUUAAGGAGAGCGGCAUCCUCGCGGUGGGCGCGGUGGCGGACGGCUGCAUGAGCGGCAUGGUGCCGCACCUGCCCGACCUCGUGCCCUACCUCGUGUGCUGCCUGGCGGAGCGCAAGGCGCUGGUGCGCGCCAUCACCUGCUGGACGCUCUCGCGCUACUCGCACUGGAUCGUGUCGCAGUCGCACGACCUCUACCUGCGGCCCGUCAUGACCGAGCUUCUUAAACGCGUACUGGACAACAACAAGCGUGUCCAAGAGGCGGCUUGCUCCGCUUUCGCCACAUUGGAGGAAGAAGCUUGCACAGAACUCGUUCCAUACUUGGGCCACAUACUGCAGACGCUCGUCUAUGCCUUCAGCCGAUAUCAACACAAAAACCUUUUGAUACUGUAUGACGCUAUUGGUACCCUUGCUGACUCAGUCGGACAUCAUUUGAAUAAGCCCGAGUACAUUGACCUGUUGAUGCCGCCCCUAAUAACAAAAUGGAAUGUCUUGAAAGAUGAAGAUAAAGAUCUGUUUCCUUUACUCGAGUGUUUGUCAUCAGUCGCCACAGCUCUGCAGUCAGGAUUUUUACCAUACUGUGAACCAGUCUUUAGGAGAUGCGUAUCACUAAUAGAACAGACAUUAAAUCAAAAUAUUGUAAGUGCCAAUAGUCAGAGCCCAGAACAGUUUGAAGCACCGGAUAAAGAUUUCAUGAUAGUGGCUUUAGACUUGCUAAGUGGUCUUGCAGAAGGAUUAGAUGGUCACAUUAAUCAUCUAGUGCUAAACUCUAAUCUAAUGCAAUUGCUUUAUCAGUGUAUGCAGGAUCCCAUGCCAGAGGUGCGGCAGUCGUCGUUCGCGCUGCUGGGCGACCUGACGAAGGCGUGCUUCCAGCACGUGCUGCCCUACAUCCCCGAGUUUUUGCCAAUCCUCGGCAUGAACCUCAACCCCGAGCUCAUAUCCGUCUGCAACAACGCCACCUGGGCCAUCGGCGAGAUCAGUAUCAAGCUAGGACCUGAAACUUCAAAAUAUAUUCCUCUAGUACUGAGCAAUCUUGUAGAAAUCAUCAAUAGGCCUAACACGCCUAAAACACUUCUUGAAAAUACAGCGAUUACUAUCGGUCGGCUAGGUUAUGUGUGCCCCCACGACGUCGCACCCGUUUUACAUCAAUUCGUUCGCCAGUGGUGCACGUCGCUGCGCAACAUCCGCGACAACGACGAGAAGGACUCCGCCUUCCGCGGCAUCUGCCAGAUGAUCCAGGUGAACCCGGGCGGCGUGGUGCCCGACUUCAUGUUCUUCUGCGACGCCGUGGCGUCGUGGUCGCACCCCAAGGACGACCUCAAGGAGAUGUUCACGAAGAUCCUGCACGGCUUCAAGGCGCAGGUGGGCGACGACAACUGGCGCCGCUUCGCCGACCAGUUCCCCGUGCAGCUGAGCGCGCGCCUGGCCGCCAUGUGCGGCAUCUAGGCGCCGCUACUGUUGCCGGGGGACUUGCGUCGUUUUGGAUUAUGUAUACUGACGAAUUGAAAAACAAAUUUAUACACGUACAUAUUUGUCUAAAAGCAUUUAUUCGUGUCUCCACUGGGCUUUUCUUUCGAUUAUAUUUUUAAGUAUAUAAAAAUUGAUGUGUUUAACUACUAUUUUAAAUAUAAAUUACAAGACUUAGUAAAAUCGAGAAUUUAUGUCGACUGUGAUUUGUGACUGGUUUAUUUUGACUAAUAUAUGUGUACGAUUAUAUGUCAGUGUCGGUGUAGAUAUACUGCUUCGAUAGAUUGUAUGUGGGCUAGAUAUCUGCUAUAUAAUAUACCAAAUAGUAUUUUUACGUUUUACGUUGUAUUUUGUUUAAUUGAAUUGUAUAUUUGAGUUGCCCUCGUUGAAGAAAUUCUUUUGAUGUUGACUCGCCAUCGACAAAAAUAUUUUUGACUAAAAUAAAUAUUUUGUUAUCUUUA